AUGUCGCACGAAACAGAAGCCGCACAGACAAAACGCCAACAGGAGGAAUUCGUGGAAUCUAUUGAAGCUGACACUGCGCAACAACUGCCACGAACUCACCAUGAAGAACCCAGGGAAGAUAAGGCUCUACAGCUGAUCGAGGAUGCCGGCCACUCGACAAUCCUCACCCCUGAGAACAACGCCCGAGUCCUCCGCAAGAUCGACCUACGACUCCUCCCCAUUCUUCUGGGCAUCUACUUCCUCCAGCAGCUAGACAAGUCCACUCUUUCGUAUGCGUCGGUAUUUGGGAUCAUCGAAAAGGCUCAUCUCCAUGGUCAGCAGUACUCGUGGCUGGGAUCGGUGGUCUACGUUGCUCAGCUGGUUGCGCAGCCCUUGGUCGCUUACAUCCUGGUUAAGAUGCCUUUGGGCAAGUUCUUGGCCGUGUCUACUCUUCUGUGGGGUAUUACCCUAUCGUGUAUGACUGCGGCCAACAGUUUUGCGGGGUUGAUGGUUUGUCGAUUGCUGCUGGGUGCCUUUGAAGCGGGAGUUGCUCCGGCAUUCAUCGCGGUGACUCAGAUGUGGUAUCGGCGACGAGAGCAGCCCGUGAGGCUGGGGUCAUGGUAUGCCAUGAAUGGAGUGGUGAACAUGUUCGGAAGCUUGAUCACAUACGGACUCGGCCAUAUCAAAUCCUCCGUCUUUGCGCCAUACCAGAUCAUAUUUUUGUUCUUUGGUCUCCUUACCGUCGGAUUCUCGACCGUUGUCCUGGUAUUUAUGCCAGACUCUCCCGUGCGGGCCAAGUUCCUCCACGAGGAUGACAAACUGGUGGCGAUCGAAAGGUUCUUGACCCAGCUCGUGCUUGGUAUUGAGAGCCACCAAUGGAAAUGGGAGCAUGUCAAGGAAGCAUGCCUGGACUUCAAAUCCUGGCUCUGGUUUGCACUGAUGUUUUCCAUCUCGAUCCCAAGUGGUGGCAUCACCACUUUCGGUCCAUUGAUCGUCAAGGCCUUUGGCUUCGACGAAUUUAAUACCAUUCUGCUCAAUAUCCCAUUUGGCGCGGUCCAGCUCGUCGCCACUAUGGGAGGCGCCUGGCUGGCGACCGCGCUGAAGAUGAAGGGUCCGGUGCUGGUGUUGCUGUGCCUUCCGCCUAUUGCGGGCUGUGUGAUGCUACUACGCAUUGCCCAUGAUGCUGCGCACAAGGCGCCAUUGCUUGUGGGAUACUAUAUUAUCUCGGUGUAUCCGGGCAUCACCCCAUUGAUCUACUCUUGGUCUGCCGGAAAUACAGCCGGAGAGACCAAAAAGAAAGUGACCACUGGUAUCCUGAUCGUGGGCCAGUGUGUCGGUAACAUCAUUGGCCCAAAUCUCUACACUACAGCAGAAGCACCACUCUACCGUCGAGGACUACUCUCAAACCUCGCAAUGUUCUGUGCCCUAGUGUUCCUUUCCCUGUUGAAUAUGGGGUAUCUAUUUUUCCUGAACAAGCAGCAUGAGAAACAGCGCGUGACUCUUGGAAAGAAUGCCAAAGUCGUGGACCACUCGAUGCAUGCCAUUGGCGCUACGGUCGCUGACAAGGAGGAUAUGCCUGUUCCACGUAUGGCUGAGGAUAAUGCCUUCAGGGAUCUGACGGACUGGAAAAAUGAGGAUUUUGUCUAUGUGUACUAG